AGAGAAAAAGAAAGUGCCCUCUUUAUUUCGACUCGAUCUCCCUCUCCGCAACUCCACCUUCUCCCAGACCCAGACCCAGACCCAAACCCUAACCCUUGAAUCGAAGCAACCGGCCGGCGGCGAUGGGACAGGGCACUCCGGGCGGCAUGGGCAAGCAGGGAGGUCUCCCCGGAGACCGCAAGCCGGGCGAUGGCAACGCCGGUGAUAAGAAGGACAAGAAGUUCGAGCCCCCCGCCGCACCGUCCCGCGUGGGGCGCAAGCAGCGGAGACAGAAGGGGCCGGACGUCGCGGCACGUCUGCCCCCAGUGGCGCCGCUCUCCAAGUGCCGCCUCCGCCUGCUCAAGCUGGACCGCGUGAAGGACUAUCUCCUCAUGGAGGAAGAGUUCGUCGUGAGCCAGGAGCGGCUGCGCCCCAGCGAAGACAAGACGGAGGAGGACCGAUCUAAGGUCGAUGACCUCCGCGGGACCCCUAUGAGCGUGGGCUCGCUCGAGGAGAUCAUCGACGAGAGCCACGCGAUUGUCUCGUCGUCUGUUGGGCCCGAGUAUUAUGUCAGCAUACUGUCGUUCGUCGACAAGGACCAGUUGGAGCCCGGAUGCUCUAUACUGAUGCAUAAUAAGGUUCUCUCAGUGGUCGGAAUUUUGCAAGAUGAAGUUGAUCCCAUGGUUUCCGUUAUGAAAGUUGAAAAGGCACCGUUGGAGUCUUAUGCUGACAUUGGUGGUUUGGACGCCCAAAUUCAGGAGAUCAAGGAGGCAGUCGAACUUCCUUUGACACAUCCUGAGCUAUACGAGGACAUUGGAAUCAGGCCUCCGAAGGGAGUCAUAUUAUAUGGGGAACCUGGAACAGGGAAAACUCUACUUGCAAAGGCUGUUGCUAAUUCUACAUCAGCAACAUUCUUGCGUGUUGUUGGCAGUGAGUUGAUCCAAAAGUACCUUGGUGAUGGCCCCAAGCUUGUAAGAGAGCUGUUUAGGGUGGCUGAUGAUCUUUCUCCUUCAAUUGUCUUUAUUGAUGAGAUUGAUGCAGUUGGAACAAAGAGGUAUGAUGCUCAUUCAGGAGGUGAGCGUGAGAUUCAGAGAACCAUGUUGGAGUUGUUAAAUCAGUUGGAUGGUUUUGAUUCAAGAGGAGAUGUAAAAGUUAUUCUAGCGACGAAUCGCAUUGAGAGCCUGGACCCAGCCUUGCUCCGACCAGGUCGAAUAGACAGAAAGAUUGAAUUUCCUCUCCCAGAUAUUAAAACAAGGCGGCGUAUCUUCCAGAUACACACAGCUAAGAUGACACUAGCAGAAGAUGUGAACCUGGAAGAGUUUGUGAUGACCAAGGAUGAGUUUUCUGGUGCUGAUAUCAAAGCAAUAUGCACUGAAGCUGGAUUGCUUGCCUUAAGAGAGCGCAGGAUGAAGGUGACACAUGCUGACUUCAAGAAGGCCAAAGAGAAGGUCAUGUUCAAGAAGAAGGAAGGUGUACCGGAGGGACUCUACAUGUGAAACUGUUUACCCCAUCAGCACAUGAAUUACCUCUGUCGCAGUUUAGCGAAAUGGGGAAGACCGGUGUUUGUGUUUGGUUAAAUCAUCGGAGUUUGAUUACUUACAUACGUUUUUAUUCAGCUACCCCAGACUUGACACCACUCCGUUUACAAUCUACUGUAUCAGGAUUAGUGGUUAAAUGCUGGUUGCUCCGAGUUUUGAUUGGAAGUUGCAUCCUUUUAUGAUUGGUAGAAAUGAUGAUUCUGAUGCUUAUCAUUGAACUAA